CCCUAAUCGAAUCAAUCCCUUCCAUCCAGUCCAGAUCAAAACAAGGGAGAGGGCAUGGCGUCGUCCUCUGCUGUGAGCAAGCGCGGCGACGCGGGCGGCGUCCUGGCUGCGAUCUCGCGGUCUUCGGUGGCGGCGCACGGCCGCGAGGCCGCGGCGGUGGCGGGGAAGCUGCUGCGGAGUACGGGGAAGGCGGCGUGGAUCGCGGGGACCACCUUCCUGGUGCUCGUCGUGCCGCUCAUCAUCGAGAUGGACCGCGAGCAGCAGAUGGUCGACCUCGACCUCCAGCAGCAGGCUCUUCUGGGCUCGCCGCCGACCCUCGCCAAAUAAAUCUCUCCUCUUGUUCGCUUCCGUCCUUCACAUUUCAUUUUGCCUGGUAUCAUAAGUUGUCGACAAUUUUAUCACUAGUGUGUCUGUGUCUGUUAUCGGAGAGAAAGAUCAUGCCUUGUUGUUGUGACUGUGACUGCUCCUUCUCCUGCUCGGUACAAUUAUCGCAAUAUCACCAGCUUGUCUUGAA